GGUCGCCCCUGGGAAGGUUCAGCUGGCGCCGCUGCUGCUGCCGCUUCUCGGGCGACCUGAAGAAUGUAGGAAGGGCAUUGAAGAGAGACCAUGAAGUAAUGAGGAAUGAAGAGAUCUUUGAUCCUUGCUGGCACAUUGCUGGAUAUUUUGUUGAACCAUCUUAAGGAUUCAGAGAAACUGCCGAGUGAUCGCUGGAAGAAAGAUCUGAUCUUCUCUGGGCUCACGUGGGUGUGUCGCACGAACCACAUCCAAUCAGAACGAUGUCCUACGUCUUUGUAAAUGAUUCUUCUCAGACCAGCGUACCCUUGCUACAAGCCUGUAUCGAUGGAGAUUUUAACUAUUCCAAGCGGCUUUUGGAAAGUGGCUUUGACCCAAAUAUUCGUGACAGCAGGGGCAGAACAGGCCUUCACCUGGCAGCAGCCCGAGGGAAUGUAGACAUCUGCCAGUUGCUGCAUAAGUUUGGGGCUGAUCUUCUGGCCACAGAAUAUCAAGGGAACACCGCCCUUCAUCUUUGUGGCCAUGUGGACACUAUUCAAUUCUUAGUUUCCAAUGGACUCAAAAUUGACAUUUGCAAUCAUCAAGGUGCUACACCCUUAGUUCUGGCAAAGCGCAGAGGAGUGAAUAAAGAUGUCAUCCGAUUGCUGGAAUCUUUGGAAGAACAGGAGGUAAAAGGAUUUAACAGAGGAACCCACUCAAAACUGGAGACCAUGCAGACAGCUGAGAGUGAAAGUGCCAUGGAAAGCCAUUCUCUCCUCAAUCCCAACCUACAGCAAGGUGAAGGAGUCUUCUCCAGCUUCCGAACCACAUGGCAGGAGUUUGUAGAGGAUCUGGGCUUCUGGCGCGUGUUGCUCUUGAUCUUUGUCAUUGCGUUGCUGUCACUUGGCAUUGCCUACUAUGUGAGUGGGGUGCUACCUUUCGUGGAAAACCAGCCUGAACUGGUACAUUAAAGAAGCUCAUGGGAGAAGAAUAGUCAAUUGCUCAUUUCCUGGCUUCUAAUAUUUGUUCUCAGUUCUCAAAAUUCCUAGUGCAAGGCAGUGAGAGCUGUACUUUCUUUUCUUUUCUUUUUUUUUCUUUUUUUUUGCAUUUUUUACUUAUUGUCAUCGUUUUAGGGCUCUAGUGGUGCAGUGGUUAAAAUGCUUAGCUGCCAACCACUCCACGGGAGAAAGAUGUGGCAGUCUGCUUCCAUAAAGAUUACAGCCUUGGAAACCCUAUGGGGCAUUUCCACUCUGUCCAGUUGGAUCGCUAAGAGUCAGAAUGGACUCGAUGGCGUGGGCUUGGUGGGUCAUCCUUUUAGAAUAAUGAUGUAUACAUGAACUAGCUACACACUGUAGUCAAAUAUACUGCAUUCUAAAGCUACCUCUGACUCAGCCUGACUUCUUAGGAAAACUUUAUUUGAUAAAAACAUAGAAAUUACCACGGAUGAAAAAUAAAAGAUGAGGCUAGGAUGCCCUUGCUAUAGAAAUUUUACCCUAAUAUAAAAAAGAAAAACCCUAAUAUAGGACCAAUUAAAAUGAAGCGUUCAAAGAGAAAAAGGUGUUCUUAUAUGUUUUUGUUGGUGUUUAUGUUUGCUUAAUUUUUGCAAAAUCCCCUUUUCCUUCUUACUUUCUCUGAGGAUGGGGUAAAAAUGAAACAUUUCAGCUUAAAACUUGAAGUACUUUUGUCAGACAUUGUACAGCAAAUUAGUGUUGUUAAAGUCAGUUUGGUUUAUUUUAAUAUUUCGAAAUCUAGUUACAAACCAAACAGAACUUUUGAAAACAAGCCUAUUUUCUUCCAAAAUGAUUGAUUUAAUCUUAUAUUUGUUUUAAAGACCAUUUUGAUCUUAUGUAAAUUGCUUUGCCUUUUGUUUAUAUCUGUGAAAAGUAAACUUAAAGAGUUCAUUUUUUGUUCACUUCUCAAUUUCUCCUAGUAUUUUGUUUCCAAGGUAUCUUAUCACAAACACAGUCAGAAAACCCUUUUUUCUGCUCAGUAGUUAGCAGGGGGAAGUAAUUCUGAUAUUUUACUGUUACUAUAAUACUGUAAUGCUAUUAUUUUAGUGAAAAAAUCAGUUCUAUAAGCUAGCUGUGCUGUCACGUUUGUAUCAUAGUUAAUUAUCUCAUUUUAUGGGCAGUCCUGUUUAGAGGCCCUGUUAGAAUUUUCACAGCAACACAUGCAUGUCUGAUGGCAAGGAAUAAUGGGAUAUUUCUGAGUUAACAGUGCUGAACAGUAUUGUACUGGGAAUCAUAAUCUCUCUCUGAGUUAUUUAACUUACGUUGCUGCAUUCAACAGUAUGUUCUAAGGCCUCUUUUGCUAAUAAUUUUGCAAAUGUAUAAAUCACAUUCUUGUGUUAUUAAAAAGAAUGUGAAGGCCUGAUAAUUAUUCAUUGGGUAAAGUCAGAAAAUUAGAGUGAAAAAACUGAUGGUUUUAUUUUUUAAAAUAAAGAUAUUUACAGUGCUGCUAGAAUUGGAAUUGUUGCUAGAAUUAGAAAUUAUAGUUACAGAAUAAAGUAGAAUUGCUCUUUCUAUGAUUUUUUUUUCUUUUUGAUAUUUUCUCUUUUGUAUUUAUAUAUCUAGUAUUGAGGCUUUUUCUUUUUAUGUGGCUUUAUCCUCUAAAAAACUCUUAAAAUUCCUGAUUAACUGGCUGCUUCAGAAUCAGCUUGCAGAGUCUUGCUUUUAGGUUAAAUACAAACAAAAUAAAUUAUGGUUGGUGUACUGCAAAAGACAGAGCUGGCAUUAGAAGGGAAAACACUGGAGCAACUCAAAUUUGACGUAUAUUCAGAAUGAAAGCUUUGGAAUCAGCUUUACAUUGUUUGUAAAUCUAAACAGAUAUGCAAAAUUGGUCAAUAUAUGUAAAUAUAUUUGCAUUUUUUAAAGUUUUAAGAGUAAUGUUUUUUUAAGUGCUGAUUUCUUUGUAUUCUAUUCCUUGCAUUUAGUAAUAUCACCAAUAAAUGUGUUUCUAAAUCCCUUAAUCACAAUAUAGUGC